GUCUUCGGCGGUUCUGCAUUUUGUCCGAUACAAAAGAAUAAAUAGGCGAAGGGCUUGAACAGAAACAAGCAGCACAGGUGUGUAGAACUAGCAAACUAUUUUGGUUGCGGUUUCCUUCUUCAUUCACAUAACUUAUAAAUGCAUUACAAGAAAGAGCCCUGCAGAAACUUUCAGCGUGGCAGCUGUCAGUAUGGUGAAAGGUGCAAAUUUCUUCAUGUGAUACAGCAACAGCCAAAGUCUAAUGCCUUUGGAUUUGGCACUCAAGCUAUCUCACACCAACAACAAAAGCCCAAUCCUUUUGGAUUUGGUGUUCAGAACAAUGUUCAGUCAAAAGGGGCCAGUGAUUUUGGAAAUAAACAGAACCAGUUCAAGAAUACGUGGACCCGAUCCUCUGCCAGCAGUGCCCCUUCAUUGCGGCAGCCUGAUAAUCAGCCCCAGGCAACAAAUCAUAAGUGCACGGAUCCUGAGUUAUGCAAACGCACUAUUAUUGAAGAUUUUGAGCAUGAGAGACCCCUUUGGAAGCUUACAUGUUACAGCCAUUGGAAAAAUUCUCCUUGUGACAUCGUUGGUGAUGUUAGCUUUGAAGAAUUGCGGGCAACAGCAUAUGAUGAUGCAAAACAUGGGUUAAGCUUGCAGUCAAUUGUUGAGAGAGAGAGAAAUUUACUCAAUUCAAAGUUAGUUGAGUUUGAAAACCUUCUACGUAAUCCCUAUACAGGGCCUGCGGGCUCUACUCUGGCCCAACAAAUUCCAUUUCCCACAGCCACUGCAACUGCAUUCUCUCCUACAGCUCAAAAUAGUGGCCAUUCUCAAAAUGGUUUCCCUCUUUCCGUCUCCAGUUUUAGCCAGCUGGGAGCUUCACUUAAUUCAGGAUCUGCAGUGAGGCCCUCUAUACAGUCAAAUAAUGCCUUCGGGCAACCAAUUUCUUUCUCAAGUUCUGCCCAAGCCUCAAGUGUAUUUGCAACAAACAGUAUUCCACAGGCCAAUGCCUUUUCAUUCGGUAACCAACAACCUAACCAGUCAGUAGCAGCUUCCUUCACCACAAACAUGUCUAGCUUCAGCAACAGUAGUGUCACUGGUACUGCACUCAACCAAUUUUCUGCUCCGGCAGUAUCAACACAAAACCUCAGUUCAUCCAGCUUCCAGCCUUCUGCUGUCUUCAAUGUCUCAAACUUAAUUUCUAAAGCAGAUGGACAAUCAACUACAGAUAUUCAGUUAGGAAGUAACUUGCAAAGGGAGAUUGUUUCUGGGGAUUCAAGUAUUUGGUUUAUAGAGAAAUGGAUUCCUGGAGAGAUUCCUGAAGAAGCUCCUCCAGAUGCUUAUGUUUAGCUGGGAUUCGUCUCGGAACGAUGUAAAGCUUAUAAACAUGUGUAUGCAAAGCAUGCUGCCUAUAGGUGUCUUCUGCAAGUGCCAUCAGAAUGUGGAUCCCACAUGGUAAAGAUGGGAAGCCACUUACUAUUGGCAGUGCU